ACCUCCUCGAUUAUCUUGCCCGCCGGCUCGAGUUCUUUGGCCUCCUCUGCUAUAGACAUUGCAAGUAACACGGCGGCUUUGUCUUCUUCUGCUUCACUCAGCGUAGUAGAGUCACAGACCUCAACGUUGACGGAAACUACAGCCGGCUCAUCGGCCAGCUCCAAGCUUUCAACUCAAUCUGAGUCUUCGAUCAGCUCCAUCAGCACCGAACUUUCUACGCCUUCUGAUCCAACGAUCUCAUCCUCGGAACUUCUCAACAUUCUAAGUACCCUGUCAUCGAGCGCAGUAUCACCUUCCACUAUUGGUCCUUCAUCCUCGGGCGUGUUCACCUCUGCUGAAGCAGAUCCGACAACCUCAACGAUUGACACCGUUUCUGCCGACUCAACAUUUCAGGACGCGACCUUGACCUCAACCUCUGUAAUCUCGCCUAGCUCUACCCUCUCCUCGUCCAAUCUAAGCAGGAAUUUAGACUCCAGUAGUCUCUCUGCUUCAGCCACACUAUCUGAACCUAGCUUGGUGACCCCAACGGCAACCUUUGUGACAUCUGUGGUUGUAUUCACAGGGACUGAAUCCCUUACGGGCACCGGCCUGGUCCCUCUCACUACCAUUUAUCCAAGCAAUGGCGACGCACCGACUGUGUUAUUUGGUGCGGCUAGGAGACUCUUUGCUUCCGUUGCUGUGCCGUACUCUGGUACAGGGAUCAUUACCGGACCUCAGCAAGUGAGCAUCGUGCUGCCAAGCGGCUCAGACUCACUAGUGCUGGGGACGAUUAUCUACGCAACACCAGAUCCUCUGGUCACGUCCGAGGUAGACUACACUGGAACAGGCACCCUCACUUCGCCUCUGCCAUUGACCACUAUCUACCAGUCCGGCACAGUCCCUGGAACCAUCGUUUUGGCGAGGCCAGCUAUCUUUGGUACAGUUGGAACCAGUUCUGCUGUCGUUUCCAGUGCUUCGAGCGAGUCGUCCUCCCCUGUUGUGUUAAGCACGACAUUGCAGUCUACGAGCUCGGUUGAAAGCAUUUCAUCACUGAAAACUAGCUCUUUUCCCACAUUCAUUUCUCCUCUAGGCUCUGCCUCGACUUUUGUUUCCUCUGAAAGCUCUUCGGGAUCGAGUGAUGAUUCCAAGCCUAUCGCCUCAAGCUUGCCUACUGUUCUAGCUGAAUCCAGCACAUUGAGCGAAUCACAGCGAGGAUCAAGCAGCCUCGUAGCGGUUUCCCCAUCAACUUCAUCUGAUAGUUACAGCUCGAUGUUCGGCGAUCUGAGCUCUUCCACAAUCAUUUCGACUUUUCCGGUUGAUUCUAUUUCAACCCCAGAGUUGCCAACUUUUACCGCAACAUCAACGGAGGGCAGCCUACCAACUAGCGUCAGCAUUGUUCCGGCGUUUCUAGGCACAUCUUCGAGCUUGACAGACGAUCCAAUUGUCUCGACUUUCACAAGCGAUAGUCUUGUUUUCUCAAGCCGGACACCAACAUCAACUGAUUUAGGAACCACUGCAGUCCAGGCAACCAUAUCGCAAUCAUUUGGAACAAGCAUUGGUGUGUCUUCUUCCAGCACUGUUGAGUCGAGCGACUUGACAGCUUCGUCUCUCUUGGUAGCGUCUUCAGCUGCGUCCUCUUCUGAUUUCAGUUCAGCCACUGAAACUUCUUCUGUCAAUUUCACGGCUUCCAUCGAGUUUCCUUCGUCUGUGAAUAGUGGCUUUUCAUCCGAAGGUACCAUUCCAACGGUUUCCUUCAUCUCCGAUCAGACCUUGGUCUCUAGCUCAGCUCCACCAGCAUCUGCCUUCUACGACAGCGUUCAGAUACCCUUCACAGGCACUGAUCAGUUGCCUACUCCGAUCCCCAUCAGCACAGUGCCUCCGAGCGGAAGCGUCCGCGGAACUAUCGCUUACGCCGCUCAGUUCCUCACUUCAACAGUAUCAGGUACUGGUCAGUCCACAGUCACCCUCCUCACAAUCCAGCCUUCUGGAACACAGGCUGUUGGGCUGGUAGUCAUUGCAGUUCCUACUUUGCUAGUGUCGUCAACGGCGUCUUCUGUUCCAUCUGAUAAUGGAGGAACGUCUACCAGUGAGAUCAGCUCUGAUCCAUCAGCGACUUCGUCCGCAACUUCGGUAACUGCGGCAUCUUCCGUAGCUGAGUCGAACUCCAUCAGCUUGAGCGGAAGCACCAGCAGCACUGGAACUCUCGAACUAAGCACAAUUUUUGAGUCAAGUAGCGUGACGACGACGUCCAGCGAAGUCGAAAGCACAAGCACCAUUAAUCCCGAAGCAAUAAGCACAGCCUUCGCUUCUCUGCUUACCACCACCGAUUCGAACUCCUUAAGUGACGUUGCUUCGACAUCUGAUAUUGGCAAUCUUCAGAGCAGCAGUACCUCCCUUGAGGCCCUUGGUACCGACACAAGCGCAGUGACUUCGAGGACCAUCGGGUCAGAAGCCAGCAGCUCCACUUCCAUCGAUGCGACCUCAACUGAAGCUAGCUUCUCGAUCUCUCCCACUGUCUCGAACCUGUUUAGUGAGUCGCUCAUCACGACAGCAAGAGCUGAAUCCAGCAACAGCAUCCCAACGACUAGCAGCACAAGCGACUUUGAGACAACUUCCACAACGCUUGUUUCUCUGAUAUCUACCAUCGAUCUUAGCUCCACGUCUGGCUCGUCCAAUACAGCAGAUGUCACUACCUCAGCGUCCAGCGCCUCACUUACGGUAACCACCAGUUUGACCACAAAUACUGAGAUUUCUUCGGCAGCUUCUUCCAGUCUUGUUUCCGAGACAGCCAGUAUCUCUCUUGAGAUUACUACCUCCACUAGUGAUACUCCAAAUACAUCAGAGAGCUCGCUAGUAGAUGGUUCCUCUUCUCUCCUGUCUAUAGGCACUGGUACGAUUGCCUCCUUUUCUUCGGAUUCUACAAGCAGCGAUAUCACACCAACUACUUCAAUUCCUUCCGAGACUUCCCAAUUCUCGACCACGUCAACAUCAGCGGAUGCUGCUUCUUACGUCACCUCGCAACUCAUUUAUACCGGCCCAUCUUCACUAUCUGAGCUUCUCCCAUUGAGCACUAUCCAGCCAACGAACGGAUCUCCAGGCACCGUUAUCUUGGCUAUUCCAGCAUCUUUCUAUGUCACUUCGACUUUGAUCUACACCGAAGGCGACUCCUACAUCAUUCCGUCUGCCAUUAGUACAGUUGCGCCUUCCGGAACAGCUAAAGGCACCGUCAUCUUCGCCGCUCGCUACGCAGUGGUUAGAGUUGCGUACUCGGGCACUUCAAUCAUCACGGAACCUAUCCCCAUCGCCACAUACCCGGGCAGCGGAACAGUCCCUGGUACCGUUGUCUAUGCUAAUCCUCCAUCAACCUCAGCAACAUCAGAGCCAUCUUCUGCUACCUCAACAUCUACAGACUCUCUUGACGCGUUCGAUCGUUCAGCCACCUCGACUUCGUCAACUUCUUACGGCGUGGGGAUCCCUUCUACAUCGUCCAAUCUCUUCAUCAACAUCAACAUCAUCAUUAUCAUCAAGUGA